CUCUCGUCUUUUCCUCUCUUCUCUCACUCCACCAUGUCUUUUGUCUCUGUCGCCUAUGGGCUGUCGGUGGCCACCAUUGUCGCAUUUGGAGUUGGCGCUCUCUUUCUCGCUCGUCGUCGUCAACGUUUCAAGAAGGAUGAUACCGAGUUCUUUCUAACGGCUCGUCACUCCGUGCCUGAGAAGACCAUUGCUUGGUCAUUUUAUGCAUCUGGUGUUGGUGCUUGGGUUAUAUUCUCUAUGCCUGCUUAUGUUGUCUCUGCUGGAAUUAUCGGAUUAAUCGCCUAUUCAGUUUCGUGUGGUCUACCAAUCCUGAUUGUCGCUCGUGUUGGAGCUGUUCUCCAUCGCAAGUACCCCGGUGUUCUCUCGCUUGGUGAUUUUGUCCAGUGGCGCUUCGGUACCAUUCCAACUAUCAUUGUCACCUUGAUCAUGCUUCUAAACAUGUCUAUUGCCCUUUGCGCCGAGUAUACAUCGAUUGGAAACCUAAUGGAGUUGGUGGUUGGCGGAUCACGCUUACCCAUUGUACUCAUUGUUGCUAUCGUUACAUCGAUCUACACUGCCGCAGGAGGUCUUUAUGUCAGUAUCUUGACUGAUGUUGCUCAGGGAAUCUUUGGAAUUGGCCUAUUGAUUAUUAUGGCCAUUUAUGUUGCAGUCACCUAUCGCCCCUCGAAUCUCCCGACUCCUCUUCCUGAAGAAAUCGGACCCAACUACUGGGGCUUUGCUGCCAUCGGUGCUAUGCCUAUUUCCAUGAUUUGCUCUACUCUCUUUUCUGAAGCGCCUUGGCAACGUAUUUGGGCGUCAGCAGACGAGAGAGCGCUUAAGCGUGGUUCUCUCUGGGGUGCCAUGGGCCUGGUUGUUGUUUGCUUCCUCUAUGGAUUUGGAGGCUUUCUUUCUCUCUGGGCUGGAUACCCUCGGUCAUCCCCAGAUGGAUCGACCGCCUUUUUUGAUCUCCUUGGUGCUGGUCAAGCUACUGCGCCCGCCUGGAUUACCAUCCUUGCGGUUCUCUCAACCGUCACUAUGAACGAGGGCAAUGUCGAUUCUCUUCAGAAUGGUAUCGUCGAUACUCUCGCCUCUCGCUUCUUCCGUGGAAAGAACGUUUGGUAUCCCCGCGUUCUUGUCUUCUUGAUUAACAUCCCUGUUGUGUUUGUAUCUCUUAAGGGUUACAACAUUAUCAUGCUAUUCUUGAUUGGCAACUUGAUCUGCACUAUUUGUGCUGUUCCACUGUUGCUGGGAUUAAUCACACGACUGGAAGGUUAUGUUACAGCUUGGUCAAUGGUCUCUGGUAUCAUCACAGGAUUUUUCUCGCUUGUUGCCUUUGGAUAUCUCAAGAUCGGCAAUGUGUCAGAUGGGAUGCAUUAUGUGUUCAUGGAGGCUUACGAUUGGCCUUCAUUUAUCCUGCCCCCGAUCUUUUCUUGCAUUGGAGUCCUCCUGGCAGCUGCAAUUGAGGGCGUCGUCCGCAAGACUUUUGGUCUGACUUAUCCUGUGCCUUUAAGUUUCCCUCCCCAAGCCCGCACAGAGGACCAUGAGAAUGGAAGCAUCAGUUUCGAUGAUGCAGAGUCUGGAACUAACAGCUCGAAAGCACAUCAUGGGAUCAAUACCUCCUCCGACAAGUAAAUGGAGCUAACCUUACGCAGCAUGCAAAAGAUAAACUGCUCUGUGGUUUAAUCCAGAAGAUCAUGGCGACCAGAUGAAUCACAAAUCUUAUACAGCGAAAGCCAGUAGUAGGAGUAGCUACAGAAGCUUUCGUCAGGUAACUUUCAC